AGGGGGAGUUAUCUAAGUAAGAAAGGAGUAAGCCAGCGGAAAGUGAAAACGGAAUCCCUAUACUUGUUUAGUAAUUUCACUCCUUUCAAGGUUCUCCUUGUCCUUCCGGAUAGUUAGUUCAUUCUCUUCUUCAAUGACUUCUUCCUUUUCCAGAAUGGAGAAGUUGUGUGUGGAUUGGGGUCUAAAGCAAGAUCCUCUUUCGUAUGCUUUCAAAACAUUAGGUAAAGGAGAUCCCGGGUUGGGCUUUGGUCACAGGGUCUUCCCGCCGAGAGUAGUUAGCAAAUCAUUGGCUUUAGACAGCGAUUUCUUUGAUGUCUUCCCGCUUAUUCUAAGUCUAUCUAAGUCUAUGGUAGAGCUAGAGCCCGGGAAGGUUCUCCAUGACAGACGAGAAAGGCUUUUUGGUCCCUUAGUAGUAGUCACUCCCAGCCAAGAUCAAGAUUCGUUGAAACCCACUGGAUGCCCAUUCAUUCUUCCCGUAUCCGACUUCUUCUUUCAAAUAGUGAAGGCAUCUGAAGGCCUGGUAAAUCGCCGGUAUAACUUCCUUUUUCCUGAAGUCUCGGGUAGCGAGAAAGCUUCUGUAAACCAGAGGUUAGAAGGUGGUGAUCCAGGAUUAACAAACGAAGCACUGGGAAAAAUAGCUCGCAAGACUGAGAGGAGAUCUCAUUCUUACUGUAGGCCCUAUCCCUCCCUCAAUGGCAUUCCGAGAUGCUCUUGUAAGGCCGAAUACUCAUCUUCAGCUUGGCAUUCGGUGCUAAAUCAAUCGAUGUCAGUAAUGAAGCAGGCUGGCUCAGUUAGUAUGAGUGCUUAAAGCCUCAGUGGAUAUGCAAUAUCGUCGGGUUCAAGCAGAAGGUGUCAAGCGCCGGUGUUCAUACUCGAGUUGUUAAAAUAGAAUAUAGAAGAAAGUAGGAGUCGAUUUCAGACUGAGCUAGAGAAAGCAUCUUACUCUUCAGCUGAGUAGAGCGCUCAGGAGUGGAAUGAAUAGGUUCAGGCGGAAGCUCCAUUUUUUUCGAAUUUCUAAGUUUUUUUAUAAGUUCAUUGCAGUGACUCUUUUUUCU